AUGGUAAUAUUGGUAUUACUAUUAAUGACGACAGAAGCGGCAGGUGGAGGAGGAGGUGGUGGUUUAGGGGUUAAGCUGCUAGCAGCUGCCAAUGUUACAAUUCCAGCUAUGUUUAUGUUUGGAGAUUCGAUCGUUGAUACAGGCAACAAUAACGACAAUCUCAAAACACCAGCUCGCUGCAAUUUCCCUCCAUAUGGCAGGGAUUUCCGGGGAGGCAUACCCACUGGCAGAUAUUCCAAUGGAAAGGUUCCCUCUGACUUCAUAGCGGAGGAAUUGGGUAUUAAGGAGCUCUUGCCAGCCUAUUUGGAUCCAAACCUAGCGCUGAAUGAUCUGCUUACGGGUGUCAGCUUCGCUGUAGGUGCCACGGGAUAUGACCCUAUGACAGCAAAAGUUGUGGCAGUUACAACACUAUCCGAUCAAUUGCUACAAUUUGAAGAAUACAUAGGAAAGCUGAAAGGAAUUGUGGGAGAAGAUAGAGCAAACUCCAUCUUGGCUAACAGUCUCUUUUUCGUGGUAGCAAGCAGCAACGAUCUUGCCAAUACCUACUUUGUUACUGGCAUUAGGAAAUUGGAGUAUGAUGUGCCUUCUUACACCGACCUCAUGCUCAAUCUCGCUUCUGAUUUCGCUUCUGAUGGGUUGUAUGCAUUGGGGGCACGGAGAAUAGGUGUUUUCGGCGCACCCCCUAUUGGAUGUUUGCCAUCCCAGAGGACUUUGGGAGGAGGUAUGCUAAGAGACUGUGUAGAGAAACCCAACCAAGCAGCCAUGUUGUUCAACUCCAAACUCUCGGCAGAGCUGGAUGACCUCAACAAAAACCUACCCAACUCAAACCUGGCUUUGAAAUUGCGGAUAAAGGGUGUUGCGGGAGUGGGAAGCUGGAGUUACCAUCCCACUGAAGCCGCAUACAAAAUCAUUGUCAAGGAACUCUUGACUAAAUACAUCUACCGCUUGGCAUGA